CUACACACAAGUUGACAAUUGUGGCUGGAAUAUGGCUUUAAAGUAACCAAUGACCCUUUGUUUGAAUCCUAAUGUUUUCGUUUCCAAAUGAAAAGUAUAAUAAAGAUAAAUGAGAAAAAGUAGCAAAGAUUUAGAAUAGAAGAACGUCUGGGCCACCAGAAUUUUGAGUGUUAGUUUUAAAAGUGUGGGGUGAGCCAACUAGUGAUUCCUAAGUAAAGGCAACAAGGGGGUGAAGAUCGUAACUCGGACAGUAGUGUGAAUUAGACCAAGCGGUGUGUAGUUAAGACGAAGAAACCCUGAGAUUAGCUGGUGAAUGAUUUUACGGGUACAGGUGCUCGGGCUCGCUCUAAUGGUUGGCCAUCAACCUCUUCGAGAGUCAGCAUUGCCCUAGAGAUGUCUAGUGCUGUUGUGGUAAACACUGUCAAAAUGCCUAUGUCCAGAACACAGUUGUUUCCAGUAUCUUCUCACUCGUAUAUCCAAGAAGGUGGAGGCGGCAGUUUACCACCGCUAAACAAGGGCUCACUCAAAGAACAGAGUCCCCCUGCUGCAUCCACAGCUUCCUCUGCGAAUUCCGCCGGCCUUCCAGAGCUCUCCGUCGGUGGUUCCUGUGUUCUUCAGUGCAUGCAAUCUCAUAUGCCCAGAGGGUCAGCUUUAGCUCAAGUUAAAACAUCAACUGUUCCAGUCACAACAGAAUGUAAACCUAAGACAAUGGUAGCCACUCCUGAGCAGGUUAUGAAAUUAUAUAUGAAUAAGUUAACACCAUACGAACAUCAUGAAAUAUUUAACUAUCCACAAAUUUAUUUCAUUGGUGCCAAUGCCAAGAAAAGGCCUGGUAUUAUCAGCAAUCCAAAUAACUGUGAUUACGACAAUGAUCAGGGCUCCUAUAUACACAUUCCACACGACCAUGUAGCCUAUAGAUACGAAGUUCUCAAAGUGAUAGGAAAAGGCUCUUUUGGACAGGUGGUUAAGGCCUAUGAUCACAAAAACCAUAUGCACGUAGCUCUUAAAAUGGUAAGAAACGAAAAGAGAUUUCAUAGACAAGCACAAGAAGAGGUGCGUAUUUUAGAACAUUUAAGAAAACAAGAUAAAGACAACACCAUGAACAUCAUCCACAUGCUUGAUUCCUUUACGUUUAGGAACCACAUGUGCAUUACUUUCGAACUGCUUUCUAUAAAUCUUUACGAACUUAUUAAAAAGAACAAAUUCCAAGGCUUCAGUUUGCAACUUGUUCGAAAAUUUAGCCACUCUUUACUUCAAUGCUUGGAUGCUUUAAAUCGAAAUAAAAUUAUCCAUUGUGAUAUGAAACCUGAGAAUGUGUUGCUGAAACAGCAAGGAAGAAGUGGUCUUAAGGUAAUUGACUUCGGAUCUUCAUGUUACGAACAAAACCGUGUGUACACCUACAUCCAGUCGAGAUUUUAUAGAGCACCCGAAGUCAUCUUAGGAGCCCGAUACGGCAUGCCCAUAGACAUGUGGUCGUUAGGUUGCAUUUUGGCCGAACUUCUCACCGGGUUUCCCCUCUUACCCGGAGAAGACGAGGCAGAUCAGCUUGCUUGUAUCAUGGAACUGCUAGGUUUACCUCCACAGAGAUUGCUCGAUCAAUCAAAACGCGCGAAAAACUUUAUUAGUUCUAAAGGUAUUCCUCGAUAUUGCACGUGUUCAACAUUAACCGACGGGACAGUAGUAAUGAACGGAGGUUUGAGUAGGAGAGGUAAACCUAGAGGACCCCCUGGAUCUAAAGACUUAAAACGAGCUUUAAAGGGCUGCGAUGACCCCUUGUUCCUCGACUUCAUACAAAGAUGUUUGGAAUGGGACCCGGACGCUAGAAUGACGCCUAGCGCAGCACUGAGACACGGAUGGCUGAGAAGAAGACUGCCCAGGCCUCCAAACGAAAAAGAGCAGAGCAGUGCAGGUGUAGCCAGGUCGACACCCACAGGUCCUAGAACGCCCAAAUCAAGUGGAAUCUUCUCCAAUAAUAGAGUUCAACUCAACGAUGAUAGGUCAUCUACUCUACAUUCUGGAAAGUUGCCACCAGUCACGUAGCCAAACCUAAUGCUUAUGUAGUGUUCUCAAUCAGGUUAGAAAGUAAGAUAGGAUCAUAUCCAUACGUUAUAUCAACUGACUAUUUAAAAUAUAACUAUUUUCUCACAAUAAGUACCAAAUUACAUUUUAAACGAUAUUAUAAGACUUUUUAAAGUUGAUUUAACAAGGAACAGGACUUUCUGAAUUUUGAGUAGAUUAUCAAUCUAUCCAAAGCUAGUCAUCUAGUUUUAUUUGAAAAUAUCGAUUAAACUAUUAAUACUAUUUCAAAAUCACGACAAUAUUAAGCUUCUUUUCCAACUAAGAACGUUUUGCGGAUGCUAAAUUUUUUAAUAUAGUAGUACCAGCUAUCUAAGAGAUUCAUUAAUAUUCAUCUCGGCUAAGUGCUAUUGUUAGAGGUGUGGAAUUCCAUAAACAAGUGACCUACCUGUUUUAGGAAAUUAUCCUUGUUUAUGUAAUUUCACAAUGAGUCUCUUAGGUAGCUGGUACUACUAUAUUUUAGUACUUUCUUUUAGGGACGUUUUUGACGAAUAUUUUAGAUGUAUGACAGUUCACCCUCUACUUUUAACUUCUUAGAUUUUUGAUCUUCUGACAUCAUUACCAUAGAGUGCCUUUAGUAUUAUUUUACUCUAUAAUUGAAUUGUACAUAAUUAUUAUGUUACAUAAUGAAUAUAAUGUUUAAGCAUAUUAUUUGAAUUAACUAAUAUUAAUAAAAAUGUAUCAUGGUUCGGACUUAAAAACCUAGAAUGAGCCUAGUGAAGUUUGACACUUUUUUUGGUUUUAUGAGGCAUAAAGCAAGUUGCUAUAGCUGUCUAUCUACCCAUGUAGAAUACGACAUUCAUUUUUGGUGUAGACAACCACUUUGUUUCAAUAUUUUUACUUUUAUGCUAGAUUCGAGCACCUGUACCCUAAAAUCACCUCAUUUGUGGCCUUGCCCAGCUGAUUUCUAAUUCAUAUUUGUUGUAUGUGUUAUUUUCUUUUUCUAUGUAUCAUUUCUGGCCUUUGAAGCUUUUAUUGUUAUCAAAAUAUUCUUUCUUUUGUGAUUUUAACAUUAGUUACACUUCUGCCUUUUAGGUUAUGUUAGGUUAAAACCUAUUGUUUUGUUUACACCAAAAAUAUAUCUUGCUAUAAAUAUAAGGAAUUGUAUUUUGUUUCUUUCAUAAGUAUUGACAUUUAUCUGUGACAGUUCAUACUCUAGGUAUUUGAGAUUGUGGACUUGUUUAUGGUUUGGUUUUCCUUAUAUAGGCUUCACCACAGAGUGCCUUUUAAGUUUAUUUUGAUAGAAGAUUUUAAAUUAUAAGCUAAUGUAUAAAGAGUAUAUUGAUUGCUCUUUAAAAAUUACAUUUUAAGGUUAAGUUUGGCCCUCCUGACAUAAGAACACACCAAGGCUUUGGUCUGAAAAUCUCUGAUGGUAUUUGGAUUUAUAUUUGCACAACUAACUUUUAACUCUAAGUACUACCACAUAAAAGUCAAAUUAGAAAUUACUGAUUUUAGUACUGUGGUAAGCCACAGGUACUUACAGUUAAAUCCUAUUAUAACAACAUCGAAAAGAGCAACAGGUGAGUCAUUCUGUAGAUGAGCCGUCAAACCAUCUUCUCAAGUCUUUCAGCCAAGAGCUCUGGCGUCUUCCAACUGAUCUUUUACCCUGGUACUUUAGCUUCCAAUAUGAUUUGGAGUAAUUCAUAUUUUUCAGUUCUCAACAUAUGACCCAAGUAUUGUAAUUUCCUCUCGUUGAUUAUGCUUAGUAAUUCUUUUUAUUUACUCAUGCGCAGAAGUACCUCAUCCGUACCCUCAUCAAAACUUUCAUUCAUAGUCGGUACUGUAUAUGUAUAUUGUUUUCUGUUCAUUUUUUUCUAAUUCAAUGUAGUCUUCCCUUGAUGGUGCACAAAUUGAUUCCAUUGCUUCUGAUAUCAUCAAUAUGGUACAAAAAGACAUAAAGCUUUAUUAUUCUUCCAAAAUUCAUGCAUGACUCAUAUUGUUUUCAUACCUGCAAAAGUUAAUGUUUUUAAAACAUAUUGUUUUCUUAGAUUUGCCAACAGCUGAAAACUUCCUUUUGCUGGAUCUUGUCAUAUUUGCUGCAACUAUGAUUGUUAGUUUCGUCUUAGGUAUUUUCCCUUCACAUAAAUUCUUCCAUUUAACACGAUCACUGCUAUCAGAGGCGCCUAAGAACCUCGUUGUGCAUUUUUUUUGUGACACACGCAGUUGUAAGCUGCAAGUUACACGAAAAGAUACUUCAUAAGGCUUUUAUAUAACAUUAAGGCCGGACCUGUGACCAAUAUGUUGUUCUAAACGUUGUGGUUGUAAAGGUUUUGACUACAUAUUUUGUUCACAGUUGAGAAUUAGUCGUGUAAAUAUCCAAAUGUAUUGAUUGUGUGUGGUAAAAUGAGUUCGGCAAUAUGAAUUGUUGUACGUCUUCCACGAUUGUGUUUAAAAAAUAUUAACCUAGUGAUUAAUGAAUAUUUUUACUCUAGAAACAUUGAUGAUCAAAGUAUUUGUUUAAAAACAAAGAAUUCUCCAUAAUUUCCAACAAAUAAGUUUCUUGGUGUUAAGUUUACGUCUAAUAUUGUCAUGGCUUUCAGCAUUUUAGAUUAUGGACAUUUUAUCGUAGAUAUUUAUUUGUUAAAUAAUUUAUAGAUGAUUAGAAUACAUUGUGGCGUUGGUAAACUGCUCGUAUUUGAAGAAAGUUUGUUCUUUGGCAGUACUUAGUAGUAUUAUUUUUAAAAAGUUACUUUUGGUAUUUAGCAACUAGAUGGCAGAGCAUUUCCCUAGUGAAGCAUUCGUAUUCACUUAUUGUUAUUAAAACGGCUGGUCAGUUGGUAUAAGUUGUUUUGUAUACAUCACUUAGCUUGUAAUGAGUGUUCUGAAUAAGUUUUUUGGCCUUGGUACGUCUAACAGUUCACAUUCUUGCUCUUUGAAUGGUGUGAUGUAUUCAAAUUGUCUGUGUUUAUUUUAUAUUUGAGUUAACGAUUUCGUUUCUUGCAAAUGAAAUUUCGUGCAAUAAAAAAAUUUGAAGUGAUUAUCCUCUAAGGAAGGAUAGCUAACAUUUUUGUGUACUUUUCUUCCAAUGUAGCUUUACCAAUGGAGUGAAAAUGAACUCUAAAAAUCAGCUGCGAGCAUUGAAGUACAAUGGAAUGCAUAUAUUUUCUGUUUGGUUAGUAGAUACUUGGCACAUGGCUUGAUUGACCCUUCUCCGUCCGUUCUUGUCCAUUGUUUUCAACCUACAAUUUGUAACGUUUGUAAGUUUUAAAUCAUCUUCUAAGUUCAUAAUUCACUCGCGUAAUUCUAAGUUUUUAAAUCAUCUUCUACGUCCAUUUUCCGCCUUGUUCUGGGUCGACUUCUUCUCUAAUGUUCUCCAAUUUUACUUCACAGUAGCAUUUCGGUAGUCUACCCUCUGGCAUCCUCUGUCUCCUAGCCAUCUUAGUCGUUGGCUUCUUGGUAAUCCCAGUAUUCUGAACUCCCCAUGUAACUCCCUCAGAUCUUCAUUUGCCCUUGGAAUCCAAACGCUGUUCUCCAUUUUUCCUCCAAUAUUUUCCUUAGUACUUUGCAUUCCCAUAUCUGCACCAUUUCUGGUUGCUUUUUAUUUAAUGUCCAUGUCUCUGCAUAAGUUACGAUAGGUCGUUCUAAUAACCGUUCUGUAUAUUCUUAAUUUGACACCUCUAAUGCAUAAACCCACUUAUUCGCUUUCAUUAGUCUAUUUUGGACUUCUUCUAUAUUUGGUUUUCGUGCUAUAAUUGUUCCUAGAUAUUCGAACCCCUCAACUUCCUCAAAAUUCUAAUUAGGCUCACAGAAAUUCUUAAGCCUUUUACGGUUUGGUAUGGCAACCAAUGUAGGCAAAUGUAGCAAAUUUUCUUUUCCAAUACUUUUAUAGUGGACGAAAAAAGUCUCUUGUCUUUUUUAAGGGACAAAAAUACUGGAGCACCAAAAUUAUAGUAUACAUUCACGCACCAAAUUGUUCUUCACGAAAUUUUUUCCUUCUCGAUUGGGGGAAAUAUGAGCUGGGGUUGAGCUGGGCAAAGCUACAUUGGAAAAAUGUAUCCGUUCAUGAAAAAGGUAAAAAAGGCUCCAUUCAUUCGUGAUUGAACCAGGAUCUUUAAAGUUUGUGGUUUUAGCCAGUGGUGAGGAUUCAAAAAGUGCAAUAUUAUUAGGUUGAAACUUUCAUAGCACUAGUUGCCUGGUUAUUAUUUGUAUUAACCCAUAAAAAGUGAUAAUAUAGCAUCUAAAGGGGAGUUGUUGGUUCAUUAACCCAUUAGUGCCCAGAUUAUUUUUUGCAGUUUUUAAUGUGAUGCUAAUAUUUUUGGCUGUGAGCAGCUUUAUUAGAAAACAUAAAAAUAAAUGAAUUUACGCAUUCGGAUUUCUAAGUCACUCAGUAUAUUAUGAUGUUACAUAUAUGUAACGCUAGGAGCUAACGGGUGCAAAGAAUACAAAUUAUAACUGUAAACAGUUCUAUUUAUUUAAAAACUGAAAAUAAAGACAAAGGAAUUUAAACAUUUUGAUUUGUGUGAUAGGUAACGAAAAAUCAAUACAGAUACGUACGUUACAUGUUCUACACAUCGUGCGUGUUGAACUUUUGCAAAAUCUUUUAGCACAACGCCUUUUUUUGUUGUUUGGAAUUUUAUACACUAGGUGUUCCAAAGACUAUAUCAAUAGCUUCUUGAACAGUCAGGCCUCUUUGAAGAGCUGCAGCAAGGCCUCUGAUAUAAAACAACUUAGUAGGUGCAUUUCUAAAUUCCCUUAAGUUCUAUAAACACUCUGUAUACUAAUACUUUGAAAAAAUGUUACUAAAAAUACCAUACAAUAAAAACAAAACAUAGGAUAUAUUGCUACAAAAUAACUGGAGAAUAUGCUUACAUUACAUCCUAGCGUUACAAAUAUGUAAUACUUAGUCAAUUUUCUAAAACUUUUUUAUUUGAAAAAAUAUCAAAGCUUUUUACACAAAAAAUAUUUAUUUAUAUUUUAUUAUACUAUUUGUUUUCUAAUAUUAACUUUAUUAUUCAAAAUAAAAUUUAUAUACUUAUUCUUUAUCAACGAAGUCCAUUAUUUGAAGCUUUACUUUUUUGGUAUACUUUAUCAACGCAUAGAUUCAAAACAAAGUUUUAAAAAAAUCGCGAAUUUAAAACAAUGUAAACAAUAUCACCUUCUGCAAGAACUAGCCUGUUUUUAACUGAAAAUUUGCGACGUAUGCGAUAGAGGAUCUAUUUAGAUGGCACCACUUUGCUGUUACAUAAUUGUAACACUAGGAACUAAUGGGUUAAUGACAAUUAUUCGGUGUUGCAUGUGAAUAUCAGCUCCGUCUUUGCAAACUACAGUCCUACCCACCACUGGAGUAUUUUAAAGGACUUAUUUAAAUUAUAUAAUGAGGAGCCAUCUUAACGAUCCUUCAUGCAUGUUUAUUUUAGUAUAUUUUUGUUUGUUAAAAGAUAUUUUUUAUCUUUGCCAAAUUCUUUUAAAGUUUGUGUGUUUACAUGUUUUAUUAUUUUUUAGCAUUGAUACAACAUUCUCUGGCAUACAUAUUGUGAUGCGUGUAACCAAAUUAAACUUUUAUGACUUCAUUCGUAGAAAUAGGUGUAUUUAGGUAUUUUUUUAAUAUAACUAGCACCAAACAUGGUGAACCACUCGCAUUUGAAAGACUUUGUGACGUUGUGAAAGAUUUGAAUGUUCACCAGGUUUGGCGUGUGCUAUCAAGCCAUUAAUAAAAUGGAAUAGUUUUAGCGUAUUUUUAAUAAUUUAUGAUUUUAAAACUAAGUUGCUCGAUCGUUUUGACUUUUAAAUUGUGUAUGCCAGACAUAAUGUUUCUUUUUGUAUUCUUUUCGUUUAAAAAUGUUACCUAUUUGAAAAGUAGGCUAUCACUGGUAGUAAUAUUUUAUACCCAUUUUCUAUUAAAGCAAAUUUUAGCUAGUAAUCCAUGAAAUACAGGUAGCAUACAGGUCAUACAAAUAAUCUAUACUGAUGUUGUGUCUCCCGAAGUGAUGCGGUAUUGUAGUGGAGAUCUUAUGGAUACUUACAGAGUCAUAACUAAUAAAUUUGGUAUUGACCUGUUAGUUAUCCAGUUAACAACAACGGUAAACACAAAUGCAUCAUUUUAAGUUACAAAAACAACUUCUUCCUCAGAUUUUCUCUGAGUCCCCCUUCAUCUACCUCUCUUUCCCUCAACUUCUAACAGCUCCACUUAGUUCUCUCCAACUUCGUCCCACGUAAUUCUCUUGGCCAAACCAUUACAGUAUUUGUUCUUAAACCUUUUUUGAGACUGUGGUCCCCCGGCUCUAGUCACGUACUCACGUACUUGUCAGGAAUACAUUUCUGUCUAAAAGACUAAGUUUUCAAUCUAAUAGCACGUAAAAUAACACCAAAAAUAUUACUCUACAUCCCACUAGAUUGAAAACAAUGAGAACCUUCUCUGGUUACACCUCCGAGGCUUCUAACAAUUUUCAAGCCAUAACGGAUGCUGAGACCCUUCGCUCAUCUUCUUUAGUCUCAGCAUCCGUUAUGGAAAAUUUUUAGAAGCCUCGGAGGUGUAACCAGAGAAGGUUCCCAUUGUUUUCAAUCUGGUGGGAUGUACAGUAAUAUUUUUGGUGUUAUUUUAUGUGCUAUUAGAUUGAAAACUUAGUCUUUUGCUAGCAGUUGCCGCUAGGGCAUCCCUGCCUUUUCGUUCGUUGCAAUGGGUGGCUGCACGCCGGGGUUUGUCCUGGUUGGGUCAGAGAGAGCAGCAUAUGUGCCACCUGAAGAGAGACUAAUUUGUUAUUCAUUUUUUACAUUUCUGUCUCUUUGUUUCUCGCCGUAUGUCUGUUUCAACUGUCUCAAAGCAAACAAGGUAUCUUUUGUCCUCUUUCCUGGCAUAAACCCGAAUUGAUCUUGUCAUAUGGAUGUCUCCCUCCUUAACUUUCGUUCUACAGUUCUCUCCAAAAUUUUCAUUGUGUGCGACAUUGACUUGAUCCCUCUAUAGUUCUUACAGUCCUGGAUGUCACAUUUCUCUUUAUACAGUGGUAUAAUCACACUCUCCCUUGUACCCGUUCUUCCUCAUAUUAUCCUACUCAUCAUUUGCUACAACAGAUCAAUCCCUUCCUCUCCUAUAGCCUUCCAAACCUUUACAGGUAUUCCAUCCUUAUUCUAUUUUUUAAAGUCUAGACAAUCUGAUCUCCCGUUUUCCCUGGUAUUACGUUCUCAUUUGGAGUCCCGCAGUCUUUCCUCUGGUACUAAAGUACUCAUACCAUCUUUGUACUUCUGGGCAAUGUACAAUGGACGUGGUACUUCUCCAUUUAUUAUUUUGUUGAAGUUAUUUUCAAUAUUCGACGAUAACACAUCAGUUGUUUCAUCUAGAUUUAUUGCAAUGCUUCUAUGAUGAAUUGGAUUCUUAUACAUUACACAUCAUGUUUACUUAACAUGAACGUGUAUCUCCCCAAUAUCGCAUGUUGUGUUCAUCUCUUCUAAGAAAAGUUGUUAAAUGUAGUGAAAUAAGAUGGAGCUUGUUUUGGAGUACACAUUACACAGCACAACUAUCAAUAAAAAGUAUUAUUUGUAUGACUUAAUCAUUUUUAUUGUUGCGAUCCGAUUUAAUCGUCAAUAAAAAACAGGAUUUCUUACUUUUCGUUAUAUUUUUGCAGAUUUGAAAUUUUUAUUUGUCCUAUUAGAUUACCAUUCUUCCAUAAACAUUUAAAAAAAAGAUUAACUCUUAAAACCGACUUAAUAAUUAUUAUUGGGAGCCUGUAUUCGAGAUUUAAAUUAUUUAUACGGAAUAGACUGAAACCUUAAAAAUACUACAACCGGAUAGAUAAUAGUUACAGCCAGUUAUUUUUACUUGCUUUUAUAUAAAUUUUGUUUUAAUUACUGUUAUUUUGGAAGACAUUUGAUCAACAAUUGUCAAUAUAAAUGCCAGUAAACGCUUCUUCCUU